AUGAGCCAUCUCGUUUCAAGGAAUGACACCAAAAUUGACACAAAAUUUGUCAAAAUACCGUAUAAACAUAAUUGCCUUUAUCCCCAUUGUUUCUUUUAUGUUUUCUUCCGUCUCCCCCUGGUUUAUUUUCUCCAUCGUUUGGCAAGAAUCACGAACAACACUUGUAAUUUGAUCGGCACAUCAUCAGAACAGAGUGACAGAAAACUAUCGAAGGCGCACGUACUAAACCAACAAACGAGCAAGCGUUCACCUGUGUAA